UUGCUCUUUAACCACGUCCUUCUGGCCCAACAUUUUCCUACAGGCUGAUUUUCAAUACUUUCUCUUCCUAUGGAUCUCUCUCUUCUCUGGAACUUGUUCUAUGUCUUGACUCUCGCUCUAGGUUCACGCUCAGCUCAUUUCUCAGCCCGUCGAUCGAACUCGAACUGUCAACCGUUCCACAGCACUUUUGAUCCUUCUGAGGUCUCUCGGUCUAACUCUGGUGAUACGCCUUUUGCUGUUGUCAGCCCAAAAAACUCUGUCAAGGCAGGCGAUGAUGGUCUGCAGCUUUUCUUGGACAAGCCUUCUGGCCAGAUCAAGCAAAAGGAAAAUACCAAUAGUAAGGUGGCAGAAGGUGCUACAGUCAACUCAACUUUCACAGUAUUAUACGGCAAAGUUACAUUCGAACUGGCGGGUCCAGCAGUAGCAGGCAUCGUCACCGCCGCCAUCAUGAUUGCGGAAGGCCACGACGAAAUAGAUAUUGAACUCGUUGGAGGCGAUCCUUCACACUGGCAAACGAACGUCUUCACUUCUGAUCCAAAGGAUGACGAACCGCUGUAUGGCGUUUUCGGAGGAAUCGAAGACUAUUCUACGAAGGCUAGUGUCGAUGAGUUCCAUGAAUACUCUAUUGAUUGGAAUGAAGAGCGGAUCAUCUGGGGCGUGGAUGGCUCUGCAGUCCGUACGUUGAACAGAGAAGAUACACGCGAAAAUGGCGUCCUGCACUAUCCUUCACAUGCUGCUCGCAUCCAGCUGGGAAUAUGGGACGCGAGUUUCCCUGCUGGUACAUCGGAAUGGGCGAGAGGACCUAUUGACUGGAAUCAGGCUCCUCCUCGGAUGGCUGCUAUCUUCAAAAGUGUAUCCAUUGAAUGUCCCUACUGAGGUCUGGCGAAUCUUAGCUGGCUCUAAAGGUGCCCCCGACGUAAUGGACGGUUCUUGGACAGUAUCUUCUUGUACAUCAUUAACCUACUGUAUAUAUUAAUCCUGAUUGUACGAAUUAUUGUAUCUUCUGCACCCGUGCGCUACUUCGAU